CGACAGUCACACAUUAUUCAUUUUUGCUGUUGUCAAUUGUAUUUUAGAUUGAAUCAACAAUGGAGAUUAAUAUGGACCCUUCGGUUCGAAAGCGAACUGCACCUUCUCGGAUGGCACCGGCAAGUAAAGUUUGCCCCUCUCCAUCCAAAACAGAAGUGGAAGACCAACCCGAUCAUUUUGGCCGUGUCGACCUCAGCGACUGGAUUCCGAGUCAGGAGGAAUUGGGAAAUGUCGAAAUUUGCGAAGCCUACCCAAUCAAGGUGCUUCAAAUGCCCGUCUCCAUAUUUGACUUUGCAAAGGCCAAGUUCAAUUUCGAAACAGCGCUCCACAUGAACUACAAGCAGAAAGGGUUGAACAUUUAUGGCGAAGAUUGUGCCAAAAUUAAGAGGAAGGAAGUCAAAAUCAAGGAGGAAAAGGACUCGGCGGGACCUUUUAAUUCCGUGUAUGGCGAGCAGGAAAGAAUUGAAGCAAAAAGGCGACGAUUUGCCCGGAUCGACGGUAAAGAUCACAAGCGGGACGUUUCCAAGCAAGAGAUUACCGUUCGAGUUCAGGAUGAAAUGGCGUCGUGUCACAAAUUGAAAGCCACACGCAGAACAAUGCAGGACGCUCAUUCGGCUUACUUCGUCUUCAUAAAAGACCCCGAAGGCCAUAUGGUUGCUUAUCCGGUAAAGGACUGGAGUAAUUUUGAUCACGAGUCGAAGAACAAACCACUGACGGAAGAGGAGGCUGAGGAAAAGUUCAAAGAGCGACACAAGAUCAUGAACAUGUUUUCCGAGAAGGCUGGCAGAAAACUUCAAGAAGAAUCUGGUGAGCCUACUGCGGCCAAGGGUAAAGGUCGAUCAAAGAAUGAUUUUAGCGGCUGUGAAUACAUGGAAAGUGGGGACAGUGAUUCAGACAACGAUUCAAAAACUCCGGAAGACGGAUUAAGUUUUAUUUCAAACAAGAAGCAAAAGAAUCGAAAUAAAUCUGUACGAAAGGAAAGCAGCGAUGAUGACUUGAAUACAAGCUUUGAAGAUUUUGACGAGGAGCUGAUUUAUAACUUUGCAGAGUCGGAUUCUGAAACUGAAUGUUCCCAAACCUACCAAAUUGGCGUUGAUCAAGAGGAAGGACUAAGAACUUUCAUUAUUUCCGAUGAAUCCGAGUCUGAUGACGGUGACGUAAAAAAGGAAGAAGAACAAGGUUCUGUAAAGCCGGCAAAGAAACGAGGACGAAAACGGAAGGCGAUUUCAGAGGACAAGCAGAAACAACGACAUUCAUCUACAACUUCUGAAAGCAAUGGUCCACCAUCGCCAUUACUGCUUCUGAAAAAAGGAACUUCUGGAGAUUGGAAUGUCAGCGGAGGUCUGGGUGGUAAUGACACGGGAGCGGGUCACAUGCGUGGCGAGGCAACUGAUGGGAGACCAGCCAAAAGGCGAAGAGUUCUUCCAGAAAUUUCAAAUGAAAUCAUUCAACAAGCAAAGGAGGCUGGCAUAACUGAAGACGUCGUCAAACGUUACCUGACCCGAAAACCGAUCAGCAUUGCGGAUCUGCUAAGGAAGUUUAUCAGCAGCCGGAAAAUGAUGCCUGCCUCUGAUAUUGCUAGAGUUGUUGGUUACUACGUUAAGAAAUUGAAACCAAGUAAGGAAACUAUUGGAGGAAAGGUGGUGUUCCUUGUUCCGAGUGAGGAGGACUUAUCUCAGAACACUUACUUUUCGUCGUUCGGUAAAAAUAGCCAGGAAUAAGUCCGAAUGUACAAUUCAGUUUG